UAUAAAUACAUAAUAGUGCAUUGCACUCACAUCACAUCCCCUUGCUUGCUUAUUUCAUUACUCAUCCCCAGUUCCCGAUUUUGCUUAACCUUCAAUUCCAAUCGAAUUGAACGUCAGAGGUCCUUGCAAUGGCAGGGAAUUCUUCUGAUGUACUGUCGCCGAAGCAACCUCCCUUGCCAUCUCCCUUGCGUUUCUCCAAAUUCUUUCAGUCUAACAUGAGAAUUUUGAUUACGGGAGGAGCUGGAUUCAUUGGUUCUCACCUAGUCGAUAGAUUGAUGGAAAAUGAAAAAAAUGAGGUCAUUGUUGCUGAUAACUACUUCACUGGAUCAAAGGACAACCUCAAAAAAUGGAUUGGUCAUCCAAGAUUCGAGCUUAUUCGUCAUGAUGUCACUGAACCUUUGACGAUUGAGGUUGAUCAGAUCUACCAUCUUGCGUGCCCUGCAUCUCCUAUUUUCUACAAAUAUAAUCCCGUGAAGACAAUAAAGACAAAUGUGAUUGGUACACUGAACAUGCUUGGGCUUGCCAAGCGAGUUGGGGCAAGGAUUUUACUGACAUCAACAUCUGAGUUAUAUGGGGAUCCUCUUGUGCAUCCCCAACCUGAAAGCUAUUGGGGCAAUGUGAACCCUAUUGGAGUUCGUAGUUGCUAUGAUGAGGGGAAACGUGUGGCUGAAACUUUGAUGUUUGAUUAUCAUAGGCAGCAUGGAAUAGAAAUACGUGUUGCAAGAAUCUUUAACACAUAUGGGCCGCGCAUGAAUAUUGAUGAUGGACGUGUUGUCAGCAACUUCAUUGCUCAAGCAAUUCGUGGUGAACCCUUGACAGUCCAGUCUCCAGGAACACAAACUCGCAGUUUCUGCUAUGUCUCUGAUCUGGUUGAUGGACUUAUCCGUCUCAUGGAAGGAUCCGACACUGGACCAAUCAACCUUGGAAAUCCAGGUGAAUUUACAAUGCUAGAACUUGCUGAGACAGUGAAGGAGCUUAUUAAUCCAGAUGUGGAGAUAAAGGUAGUGGAGAACACUCCUGAUGAUCCGCGACAGAGAAAACCAAUCAUAACAAAAGCAAUGGAAUUGCUUGGCUGGGAACCAAAGGUUAAGCUGCGAGAUGGCCUUCCUCUUAUGGAAGAGGAUUUUCGUUUGAGGCUUGGAUUUGACAAAAAAAAUUAACUUAUUUUCGCUCCUUUUAUAUCUAGUCAAAAUAUUCAGAUAAUAAGUGGGAUGGAUUAUUCUAUUAAGUUUUCCUAUUUUUCCUUUUCAUAAUUAUGAUACUUAGGAAGUAGGGGUACCUGUAUUUUGGCUUCCUCAAUCAAGAUCGUACUCUUGUUUCACAAAGCACUGCAGCAAUCAUGCCUUUGCAAAUUUUGCCGGUAAAAUUA